CAGCCUUACUUUUCAGUCAAUUCAAAGCUCUGCAUUUUCAAAAUAAAUUUAUGUAAAAGAGAAAUUGAUUAAAAGUAUUUUACUUACAGACUAAAACAGAACACCAUGAAGGUUCUUGUGGUGCUUGCACUUGCUGUAUUUACAGGUUGCCAGGCCAACCUCUUCUAUGCUGAUGAGCCCAAGCCACAGCUGGAGCAGCUGACAGAUACUUUCUGGAGCUAUGUUGCGAAGGCAACACAAACCGCAAAGGAAACCGUCAAGAUGAUCCGGUCUUCCCAGUUGGGACAGGAAGUCAACCAGUACACCACAAACCUAAAGGAGCAGAUGAACCCUCUGCCUAAAGAUCUGAUGACCAAAAUCACUGAAGGUGCUGACAUGCUGAAAGAGCGUAUAGAGGUAGAAGUGAGCACUGUGAGAUGUGCACUGAAGCCCUACCUUGAAUAUGUCACCAGUCCACUUGAGAAGGGCGCGGAAUACAUAAGACAAUCCCUGGAUUUUGAGGACCUGAAGGCCACUGUGCUCCAGAAGAGUGAGGAGCUGAGAGAGAGCCUGGAGCAAGGCAUGAAGGAGCUACAGGCUAAGCUGGACCCCUUAACCUGAGAGAAACGCUGGAUCACUAAACUAGUGAACCAACCCAAACAAGACCACCUAAAUGACAACCUAAAUAUUCUAAUAAUUUGAUUUGUUUUAUUAUCAACAUGACUGUUUUUCUACAAAAUAACAUUUUGAUUCCAAAAUCAAAGAUCAUACGACACAAACCCCCCAAACAGGCCAAAAUGUACAGAUUUCUGUCAAUUAGAGCUAGAAGGUAAAUAUAUGUGUAAAACAUCUAAAUAUUUGAAUAUAGCCUUUGUAUUUAUUUUGUAAUCAUCUGCAUCGUCAGUUGCAUUGAAUAUCCUUUCAUGUUAUAUUCACAGAGAUGAAGAGCUAUUCAUUUUCUUCAUGCAACUAUGAAACACUUUUGUUUUAACACAAUGUCUUUUUUAAACUGUAGGAAAUAUGUUAUAUAAUCAUAUUUGCAAGCCCAAAUAAAUUUUAUAAAAACUAA